CAACUUUACAUUUUGCAAAACAAAAUGGCCGAUGCUUCGAGAAAGGUGUAAGGUGUGUCUCGGGAGUGAAAAACAAGUUAUCUUCUGGGAAUAUCUGAACUUCAGUGAAAGUUAUCGUGUUAUAUUAUUACUGCGGCGCCGGGCGUAUCGUCAGCCCCGCCGCGUGGCAACGCCCGCGUCUGCUUCGGGGCUUCGCCCCUCGCGUCUCGUCGCGCGCGUUUGGAGCCCUCGCUCCUUAAAAACCGCUCUCGGAGCCUUAAAGGAUGUCUUCCCGACGUAAUGGGUCGGUGUCGCGGGCAGCUGAGGCAGCCUCUAAGAACAGGCUGCAUAUGGACCGCAAUCCAACUCACUCACGGAUGACUGAUCCAUCCAAUCCUGCGGGUAGACGUAAAGAAAUCGACAAUGUGAUGAAAAGGGCGCGCCAGGCCUCGCCCGGCAGCUGGGACAGGAAACUUCUGGAAGUUGAAGAGAAGGAUCCUAAUAGAUGGCGUCACACUGGAUACAAGCAGUUAUAUCUAGAUGGCUCAGGCUCCGUAUCCCCACGCCGUUCCCGUUCCCCACCGCCCCGGCGCUCUAGAUCACCAAUACCGGGUAGCCGUCGCUCCAGGUCUCCAAUAGCUCGGCGCUCCCGCACACCGAGACGCAGCCCCCGCAAGUCUCGCUCGCGUACACCUCGCCGGAGCCCCCGUAGGUCACCAAGACGGAGCCCUGUCAGUAGGCGCAGUCCAGUGCGGAGUCCCCGGCGUCGAGUGAGCCCUCGCCGCAGACCUAGGCCUCCGCCGCCUCCGCCACGCGGCGCUAGACCACCCUCUCCUCCGGACCCUAGAAAGUCAUCACCAUCAGGGUCAUCGGUGAGCAGCUGUUCUGAUGAAUCCUGCUCCGUGUGCUCGGCUAAGAACAAGAAGACAGCACCACCAAAAGCAGUGAAACCAGGGUCGAAGUCUCCACCGCGUCCGGUGGCGAAGCGCCCCGCGCCUGUCGCGAGUGCCCCGCGUGCUGUACAGCCCACACGGGAGCUGUUGAAAGCGAGGGAGGCCAGCAAGAGGACCAGAGAAGAGAAGGUGUUAGAAUGGCAGCGCACACAAAUGGACGUGGUUGGUAUAAAGCGUGAAGGUGAACGCCGGCGGCCCCGACCGGAGCGCCCUGAGCGUCCCGCACGCGAGGGCGGAGUCUCUCCUUCAGCUAUCGCAGCAGCCCUGGCUGACUCCUCUUCAGAUUCGGAGUCUGAAAGGAGCGCGUCACCAGCUCCACAACGGUUGACCUUAUCUGAACGUUUCGGCAAGAUGGCGCAAUGGUCACUCGAUCGAUCCGCUCGUUUAGAAAAUAUGCGGAUAACAAGAAGGGAAGCAACUCUACAUGUGCGUAUAGAAGGUGCAAGAUCUCCAUCCCCUGCCCCUGCAGCGCCUGUCGCUCCAGUAGGGAGUUACCCGACCGCACUGGAAGCACCCGCUGGAUUACCCGCCUGGGAUGACGUCAGAGUACGAUACGAACAUUACAAAAGACGAGGUUAUUUACGUGGUCUAUCAUUACCGGAUUACGUGAAAUGGGAGGAAUGGUGGUAUAAAUACCAGGAGUGGUUGAAGCGGGAACAAGCAUAUGAGAGAUGGGCGGAGGGCGAAGUCCCAACUGGACGGCGAGAGCGCCGACGUAGAGGUGGCCGGCAUAGACGCAGCUGAGGGCGCGCCGCCCCCGCAGCUGUGCUGGCUGUUGAUCUGGCACAUCAUGCUGCUGGGGGCUCCGCUUAAGGCUCUUUCAGAGUUAACAGACUUGGACCUAGUGUAGUGUUUUAGUGAUUUAUGUUGUGACAAAGUGGAUGGUCUGACUACAGUUUCAAAUGAAUGGCUAACUGAGUUUCUGAGACUAAAAACUCUGUAUAAAAUAUAUUGUCAUCUCUGUCUUCAUAUGUUUUAAAUGGAUUUCUUGGUCUCGUAAACCUAUGGUAAAUCUUGUAAACAUUUAGAUAAAGUACACUAUUUUGUGUGCAAUCAGUCAAUGAGUAAUUUGAGAUAGUUUUCUGAGAAUUAUGUGUUUCGGAGUAAAGCCGAAGUAUUUAUUUACAAAACGCUUAUCAUUUGAAACUAAAUAACGGACAGUGAGUGUACUGCAUACCAUAAGAGUGCAUAGUGUUAAAAUAUGGACAUACUGAACAAGGUCAGUGUAAUUUUUAGUCAUUUUAAAACUUAAUUAAGGUAUUGUGUAAAUUUUAAACUUCAGUCGCGUAUUGGCCACAUAGUUUAGUGUAGCUAUCAAGAUUUAAUCAGUUGCUUAAUGGAGAUUUCUUACUAAAUUUCAACAACUAAGGGACUGGUUAAGUUUAAAAUUUAGGUAUAAAGUAAUUAAUUUUAAUAUACUCCACUUUUAAAGGUAUGUGAAAACUGAAAGGCCGAAAUAUAACGAACAUAGCCCCUAAGAUAUAUAUAAAAUUGUCAGGUCACUAUGUUAUACUACAAAACUUGCAGAUUUUUAUGAAAUUUAUAUGCAUAGUAGCUCUGAUAAUUGACUACUGUAUAUAUAUAUAUAUUUUUAUCUCAUAAGAUGGCAAACGAGCAAGCGGUCACCUGAAAUCGCUGAAAUAGCGAAG